AUGAGACUAACCAAUCUCUUGUCGGAAAACAAGACCAAUCCUGUUUGAAAUUGACAUCAACAUAUUCAUUUGUAAUUUGACAUCAGGAUCGGAAUCAAUUUUAUUUUUUCCAUUACUGAAUUAUCUUGAAAUGAACAAUCUAUUUAGCAUUCCAAGCGUAUAUUAACGAAUUGUGAAUGAGUAUUCCAUCAAUGAUAUUGAAAUUGAAGAUCCAUGGUCUGGAUGAAAAGGAAACACUAUUGGAAAUCAAAGUUCUUUUAUAAUAAGUUUACGAAACAGUAAAAAUCAACUAUAUACAGCCAAAAUGAAUGACGACCAGUAUCAAAAAAUGAGGGAAGGCACAUUUCGAGGACAUAUGAUUGAAAUGGCUAAUUGGGGAGGUAAAACUGAGGCUAUUCGUCUAACUCAAUCCAGAAUAGGAAGUAUUGUAGCAAAAGAAAUGACAUCAAAUAGCCGCAGGGAAUGUAAAAAUCUAAACAAUUUGUUGAUGGAUAUCGCAUCUAAUAAAGUUUUCUAUAAUGAUGGCCUUGCUUCUGAUCGAAUGUUUCAAUCUAAUGAAACUUUAAAUGUCCGAAAUACAAGAAUAAGAAAACCUUCAACUUCCCAAACAACAACAGAAAAACUAAGCAAUUUUUUGUCAAUUUUGAAGGAUUCAUUGGAAUUGGUGAAUAGUAUAGGUAAAAAACAAGCUUUGAAGCAAUUACAACUACAAAUUGAUGACACUCCAAAAAAUGGGGGGAAAACUACUAACCAAAAAAUAAAUCAACUAAGAAAGGUUAUGCACAUUAUAAAAACAGAAGGAAACUCAAAUAUUCAAAAUAAAAAUAAGAAAACUAAAGCAUCGAUUGAGCAUCAACAGAACCUAGUGACAAGGAGAACGAAGAAAACUAAAGCUCCGCAAAAUCAACAGAACAUACUGCCAAAGAGAGGCAAGGAGACUCAAGCAUCAAAUCCCCCAACGCAGGAACAGAACACACGCAGAAAGAGAAAGAGAGGGAAGGAGACUCGAGCAUCAAAUCCCCCAACACAGGAACAGAACACACGCAGAAAGAGAAAGAGAUUAACCAUGCGCAUGCCUAGAACCACAAUAAAGAAAGAGUUCCUAUCCAAGAAAGAAAGAGAGAAAAAUAUGAACUCAAAUGUUCACAUAAAUAGAGGUGUAGUUAACAGUCACAAUAUUACAGCCUUAAAAUAUCCAGUCAAAAAGGAAAAAACUGAAGAAUUUUCAAAUGUACGUGUCAAACAAGAAGUAAUUGAGAUAGAUUAACAAGAGCACAGAAAAAUUGUUAGUUUUUUGCUAUAGGAAUUUUAAUGUUGUAGUUACAAUCAAUUAUAUUGUACAUUUAGUUCUAGUAUAUACUUUUAGUUUAAAGAAAUUUAAUAAAUAUUUUGUUAAAUGUA